AUGGAGAGCUCAUCCAAGAGGUCGAGCCCCUCGGAACCGCCUCGGAGCAGAAAACGAGCCAAGUACACCCAGCUGGCCUGUAACGAAUGCAAGCGCCGAAAAUUAAAAUGCGACGGCAAACCGGUCUGCUCGCGAUGCGUCCGCCAGAACGCCCAAUGCAUCUACACCCCUAGCAGCCACGCCUCGACUAAUACCCCCGCUUCUCCGACGGGCGAGAGCCGCAAUGACGGGCUCUCGAACAGGUUUAGGACAGUCGACCAGCAGAUCGAGGCCCUGCACCGCGAGAUGCGGGCCAUGUCCGCGCGCAUGCGCGAGCUCGAAUCCGCGUCCGCUACGCCCAGUGCUAGCAACAUUCCUUCCGUUUCAUCGUCGUCUGUUAGCGCUGGGCUGCAGCGGAUCAUGAACCGACCGGUUUCCCCGGACUACGUGGGACCGACGAGUGCGGAGUUUGGAAUCAUCCCGCGACAGAAGCCUGUGGCCGCGGCCGGGGCGGAUGAGAGCGAUGUUGAGGAGUCGGAGUCAACGUCUGCGCCUAGUCCGGCCGCAGUGUCGGAUGUUGAGGCGAUUUCUAAUGAUCCGCUCGGAUGCUUGGGGAAGGAAGAAGCCCUGCGGUUGGUGACGGUCUACGAGAACAAUGUGGGUGUCAUGUACCCAUGUAUCGACCUUGAUAGCGUACGGAGCUAUGUAAAUGAUUACUAUAAAGAUGGGAACGGGAUGGGACCAACGCCGCCUGGGAUGACGGAUCAAGAUUGGUUCUUUGCCAGGGAUGUCGAGGUGCUGAAGAUACUGCUGGCCACGGCCUUGUUGGCUGAAUCCCAUGGCCGGAGUGAGCGGGCUGCGGUUCUGGCUGAUAGCGUCGAGGACCGGUUUGCAACGCGUGUGAAGAUCCCCGAAGUUGACAUGAAGGAACUGCUUAUCUUGACUUUGCUGUCCAUCUUCCACUCCUACCGAGAUGACGAAGUUAUCUCCUGGCGCAUUAUUGGUAUGGCCGUCCGAGGAUCUAUGCAACUUGGUCUCCACAGACAAGAAACCUGGCUCCGAACCGGCGGCGUCUUUCCCGGCGACCUCCAGUGGAACUUCGCUAGCCGCCUGUUCUGGUGCAUCUACGUCCUCGACCGCAAAUGGUCUUUUGGAACCGGUCUCCCUUUUGCAAUUCAAGACUCAGACAUGGACACAAACCUGCCUGAGCCCGGCGCCGCAACCCCAUAUCUAACCUGCAUGAUCAACUAUGCGCGUCUGAGCACUAAGAUCUGGGGCCUUGUCAUGGGCUGGCGCAGCAGACCCAAAGCCGCAACGUCGGAUUACUGCUCAUACCUAGACUUCCAAGUCCAACAAUGGAUCCAGUCAAUCCCGCGAGAACUCCGCUUUGAUCCGGAUCCUCCCACUACCCCCGGGACAAACAAUGAGAGUGCAGACCACGACUCAGCUGGCCGCUCCAACACCACUAUGCUCCAGGUCCUCUUGGCCUUGCAAGCAAACCAACUCCGCAUCCUCGUCUACCGCCAAAACCUCCUGUCCACAGAGAGCAUAGAAACAAACGCACCUGGCGCACUGGUCGCCGUUGAAACCGCAAAGUCAACCGUCCACAUGCUCGACUACUUCUCCCGCGUCUCGGAUAUCUACUUCCAGCGGCCAGAGCCGUUCAAUUAUUUCCUGAUUUCGGCCCUAGCCGCAUUAUUUCUCGCGGUGCUUCAUGCUCCAGCAAGGUUCAGCCAAGUUUGCAGGAAUGAGUUCUAUGCGGCAGUUGAUAUGGUGCGACGGUCGAGCACCAGGGCGCAUACGAGUCGGCGCCUGCAGAAAAUCAUCCGGAGCCUAAAGCUUAUCCGACUAGGGCUCGAUGUGCCGGGGAGGAAAUUGCAGCAACAACAAACACCAGGGAAUCAGCAGACGCCAGCUCGUCCCGGGGGAAGCGAACUCGGACCCGGAUCCGUGUCCAGGACAAGGAAUAGCAGUAUAGCUACACCCUCGCUCAGCCACGUUACCCCUUCUGCUUCUGCUCUCUACGGUCAAGACCAAGACCAUGGCCAUGGCCAUGUCCAACACCAGCAUCAGCGCCUCACAAACCCCAAUUCCAACAUCCUCACGCCCCAGCCCUCAGCCUCGCAUAGCCACGCGCUCUGGCCCAUCACCUCCCCACAGACAUCAACCUGGGUUGACGAAAACAGCUGCGAGGAUCUAACCAGUUUCUUUGAGAUGGCGGGCGGGCUAUACUUCGAUCCAAGGAUUGAUCCGACCCUCGGCACGGAGGACGGGGCUGGGUCUGCGGCUGUGACUGGUGAUGGGGUUGGGAACGAGUUGCCCUCGCAGGGCGCGCUUAGUGAUGCACUGGGGGCGUUUGAGGCGGAGGAUGAGGCGCUUACGAGGGUUAUGGCGGGGUUGUUAUAG